AUGACCUCCGUGAACGCGAGGCCCGUUGGCGUGGGGUACUACUUCGGCGGCGGGGCGAGGUGCCAACGACGGUCGCGGGUGCGGGUGUCGGCCGCGCCCGCGAGGGCGGCGACGAUGUACGAGGUGCUGGCCGUGGAGGAGACGGCGGGGCCCGAUGAGAUCAAGGCGGCGUAUCGGCGCGCCGCGCGGCGGUGGCACCCGGACGCGUGCCCCGGCGGCGCCGACCGCUUCAUGGCAGCGCGGGAGGCCUACGAGGUGCUGUCCGACCCGGAGCGCAGGCGCGGCUACGACGUCCAGCUCCGCUGCGGCGCCCGCUUCGGCGACGCCGGGUACCGCGCGGCACGCCGCGCCGGGUUCGCCGACUGGGAGGCGCAGCUGGCCGGGCUACAGUGGUGCGCGGCGGAGCGCCGCGGGCGCGCCAGCGGGGAGACUUGGGGCAGCAGGAUGCGCCGGGCGGCCGCCCCGGUAGCGGCGUCGCCGGUGGCUGGCCCUUGA